AUGAUUUUCCUUUUCAAUCACACUUUCAAACAGGCAAAGCUUAUCGACGCGAACGAGCACAUCAAGGAACAAGACGCGUACAGCAAUCGAUUGCAGAAAGAUUUAGUGGAAGCGCAGAAAGUGUAUAAACAGCUGAGAGUUAUCGAGCGAGAGCGAAGGUUGGCGGACGAGGAGGUUGCGAAUUUGGAUGAAAAAUUGGCGUCGAUACGGAACGAAACAAAAGAGGAUAUUCAACGUUUGACGAUUGAGAACGACCGGUUGAGGAAUAAAGAAACGCGAGAACUCGAGGAUUUAGAGGAAGAGGUGAAGAAUAAAACGUUACACGUGGAAGAUUUGGAGCAGUCGCUGUCUAGGAGUCAAGGCCGAGAAAUGUUGAUGUCGCGCGAGAGAGACGUGGCGUUGAUUGAAGCGGAAAGAGGGGCAAAGGAGUUGGCAGCGACGCAGGCGAGGUGCGUGGCGUUGUCGAAAGCGCACGAGGAAGCUGUCGUGAGUUGUUCGAAACUGAAAGUGGAAAAUGAACGGACAAAGGAGGAAAACGUAAAGUUAUCGAGCGAAGUGGAAGAUUUAACCGAACAAAUAGAAAACAAGAGGAAGGAGAACGAUUUGUUGUACAGCGCUUUAGAGGACAAGAAGCUGGUCGUUUUAGACGAGGCACGAUCGAUCGCGUCGAAUUCAUCGAUGAAACAAAGAGUUGAUUUCAAAGAAGCGUUGGCAAAGGCGACGCACGAAGCCGAACGAAAAGCGGACGAGGCGGAGAGAAAGCUGGAAGCCGAACGAAAAGACGUGACGGAGUUGAUUUGUUCGUUCGAGGAUGAGUUGAAGAGUAAGACGGAAAAGAUUGCGAGUUUGCGAUUGGAGUUGGCCAAUGCGAGAUCGAAGAAUGCUUCUACUUCUUCCUCCCCUUCGUCUAUGAACGUCGCUGCGAAGAAGCAACAACAGCGAAAACAACAAUCGGUUUUAUUGAACGACCCGCUGGACGAGGAAGACGAAGAAGACGAUGGAUGCUACAACCAUGACGAAGAGAACACACAUCACCAUCAAGGUGGCGUGAAGACAGAAAUGCAAACACGGUACGAACAAGCCGAGCGGAAACAAGAAGAGUACGAGCGUUCGGAGGAAUUGAAACGAUUAGACGCUACUCGAUGGACCCUCCAAAAAGAACUCGAAAAGGAGAUUCGAGACGCCAACGCGCUUCGCGAUGAGAACAAAAACAUAUCUUAUGCGUUCGAUAAACUCAAAAGAGAGCACGAAUUCACGGAAGAAAAGUUACAAGCGGCAGAUUUACACUUGGAAAUGUUGGAAAAAACGCACAGAGCGGCGAGAGAGGCGUUGAAAUCAGCCGAAGAGGAGAAAUUUCAAGCCGAGAGAGCCGUUCGCAACGCGAAAACAGACGCGGAGAUGGCGUUGAAGCGGAAAGAGUCGGCGGCAAUCUCAGAAAACCGAGCGAUGAAAAUGCAAGUGCAAAGUUUAGAGAGACAGUUGGAGCGGUGCGAAGACCGCGUGAAAGCGGCUGAGUUGGAUGCUGCCAACGCGUUAGUCAAAGUCAACGAAGAAGUCGAAACGAGAGCUCGCCUCGAAGUGGACGUGCAAGCGAAAGAGAACAAGAUGAAAAUCAAAGAGCGCGACUUGAGAAAUAAACUAGAGCACUCGAGACAGGCGUUACACUUUGUCGUCUUAGCCGAGACAAAAACGUUGAUGAAGUUAUACAACGCGGCGGAAGUUACCCGAGAAACUGGCGUCAUCGACACGAGCUCGAGACCUCGAGACACGCCUUAG